AUGGCACGUAGUGUCCACGCACUGAACAUUGCAAAUGAUAUCGGUGAGCAGUCAUACUUCCCAAAUCCUAACAGAACAUCCUCAGCCCAAUUCAAUGAGCUCAGGUCAAGGCUCACCAUCCCAGAGCAAGCCCGCAACCUCAUCAUCCCCUGCCAACAGUGCAGUGUCUUGGAUGGUGUAUAUCACACCACAAGCACGCGGACGGACUCCGUGGCAAGUACCAACGGACUAUCAUGGCGACCCGGGGAGUCGGUCAUGACGCUCUCUGCGACUGAUUCAGAUAACCAACCAAUCCGCAUUCAAAUACUUGGAACUCCGAAUGUGGGAAAAACAACACUUUGUCGACAAAUGACCACUUCCGAAUUUCUCGGAGCUCGUAUGGAGUCAAAGGACACGGUGGAACGCUGCGUCACGGUAGAGUUGGACAGUCAGAGAUGGAAUGUCUUACUAAUCGACAAUUUUGGUGAAGCCGGAGCGGAAGAUGUGGCCCUGGUGCGGAACAUGCUUGCACAAGGGCUGAAACCUUCAGUCAACGGCGAACACGAUCACCAAGAUAAUUCUGAGCAGCAUAGUCGAGUGCUGCAUUUGCUACCCAGUUCCAAGAGCACAGGAUGCCAACUGUUGCUAGACGUUCUGGUUUACCUGCUGGUCUAUGCAGUGGAUGAUCAGCGCUCCUUCGACUACGCAACAAAAGUCUUGGAAAUUCUGACCAAGAAAAAUUCAGAACAAGGAAGUAUUGUCAUACUGGUCGCCAACAAACUUGAUUUGGUUCGUAAUCGCCUGAUUUCUUCUCAAAAGGGUAAACGUCUUGCCAGGUUGCACGGAUGCAAAUACUUUGAAAUAUCCACCGCUAUCAACCAUAUGAUCGAUGAGCUCCUUGUUGAAAUCAUACUUCAAGUCAAGCGGUUAAAACAAAAGUGCAAUACGGCAGAGUGUCAGGAAAAUCUGAGUUCGGAAGAACACUCAUCAUCAACUUUUUGUCUUUCAAAAGCAGCCUUGGCUCGUUACGUUCGUCGCCAGUUUAUGAUCAUUUCUUGUGAAGAUGUGAAAAAUUUCUGA